GUGGCUUCAGAGCCUCCUCCAUCGUCGGCUUCUUUUUUAACUUUCGUCGUCGAUUUCAUACCAAAACAAGAGAACUCUCUGUUUUUCGACAAACGAGGCUUUAAGAUCUAUUUUGAUUUGACUUUCAUUCUCUUUCUUCCUCGCGGUGAUUUUAUAGGAUUUUUAAAGAUUUUUGAGAUUUUUUUCUCGUCGGCAUUGAAGAUCGAGGGUUGAAGAAUAAAGAUCCGAAGAACACCCAUCUGGAUUCGUAUCGUUUUUUCUGACUUUUCCCUUCGAAAUUCAGAGAAAAUGGGCGGUGAGGCAGAGAUCAAGGAACGUUUGCAACCCCAAGCUCCAUCUGAGACAAUGGAGAAGAAGCAAAACGAACACGUGAAAGGGAAGAGAUUGUGGCAGAAAGUGAAGUACCAGUUGGUGGAGUUUCACUCGUUGCCUGCUUAUCUGAGAGACAACGAGUACAUCAUUGGUCAUUACAGAUCCGAAUGGCCAAUGAAACAGAUCCUUCUCAGCAUCUUUACAAUCCACAACGAGACCUUGAAUGUUUGGACGCACUUGAUUGGGUUUUUCCUGUUUCUUGCACUUACGAUAUACACAGCGACGAAAGUACCGAGCGUUGUGGAUCUUCACUCUCUUCAACACCGUUUGCCCGAUGUGCUGAGGAAAACAGAUCUUCACAAGCUUCACUCUGAGCUCAUGUCUCGCCUUCCUUCUAGCCCAUCUAGCUGGCACGUAAUGGAACUUCUCUAUAACUGUCUUCCUGAAAGGUUCUCUCACGGCAACUACACCGACAUGUGUGUUCUGCAUUCUGUGAGGGAGGAUCUUGCAAACAUGAUAGCUCCUUUAAUCUUCAGACCAAUCACCAGAUGGCCGUUCUACGCAUUUCUAGGCGGCGCGAUGUUCUGUCUACUAGCAAGCAGCACUUGCCACCUCCUCUCGUGUCACUCGGAGCGAGUCUCAUACAUAAUGCUCAGGCUUGAUUACGCCGGAAUCGCAGCUCUCAUCGCGACUUCCUUCUACCCUCCGGUGUACUACUCCUUCAUGUGCGAUCCUUUCUUCUGCAACCUCUACUUAGGGUUCAUAACGAUCUUGGGAAUCGCCACCGUGCUCGUCUCCCUCCUCCCGGUUUUCCAGAGCCCGGAGUUUCGGGUCGUGAGGGCCUCUCUGUUUUUCGGGAUGGGGUUCUCUGGCGCGGCUCCGAUACUACACAAAGUUAUCAUCUUCUGGGAUCAGCCCGAAGCGCUUCACACGACUGGUUACGAGAUUCUGAUGGGUUUGCUUUACGGGUUAGGAGCUUUGGUUUAUGCGACAAGGAUCCCAGAGAGAUGGAUGCCUGGGAAAUUCGAUAUAGCCGGACAUAGCCAUCAGCUGUUUCAUGUCCUUGUGGUUGCUGGUGCCUUCACGCAUUACAGAGCUGGGCUUGUGUAUCUUAAGUGGAGAGACAUUGAAGGAUGCUAAUGAAGAUGAAAGGUUGAAGAAGACAGAAUCUUUGAUGGUUUUUGAAACUGGUUUGUAGCUUCGUUACAAAAUGUUCGUCUGUGUAAAGUCUAUGUGUAAGCAAAUGUUUUCUUCCUUCUUUUCUAAACGUGGAAUUAAUAAUAUUAUUAAUCCCAUAGAUUUAUGUUGUUAGUGAACAACCAAAAUCCAAAAUUAUCCAGUCUAAUUAAUCUAAUAUUUUUA